AUGCAGUUGAUGCGUGAUCGUCUUAAGUUCGACGAGUUUACUUUGACGGCGAUGCUAAACUUGGUGGCGAAGUUACGUGUGCAGUGUUAUGGGACACAGUUGCAUGCUUAUAUGGUGAGGACGGGGAAUGAUACGGAUAAGUAUGUCAUGAGCUCCUUAAUUGACAUGUACUCUAAAUGUGGGAGUUUCGGAGAAGCAUACAGAGUGUUCUGUGAAUCAAAAGCGGAGGUCGAUUUGGUUUCCAAGAAUAUGAUGAUGGCAGCUUGUUGUAGGGAAGGUAAGAUGGAAGUGGCUUUAGAUCUGUUCCAGAGAUUGCCCGAGUUAAAUGAUACAGUGUCUUGGAAUACUUUGAGUUCUGGCUAUGCACAGAACGGUUUUGAGGAAGAGUCCUUGAAUUUCUUUAUGAAAAUGAGGGACGCUGGAUUUGGGUGGAAUGAGCACCUGUUCGCUAGUGUUCUGAAUGCUUGCUCCAGCAUGCGGAAUUCAAAGCUUGGAAAGGAGAUACAUGCUUGGGUUUUGAGAGAAGGAGUGAUAUCAAAUCUCUUUGUUAAGAGUGCCUUGGUGGAUGUUUACUGCAAGUGUGGAAAUAUGAAACAUGCGGACUUAGUUUACGUGACGAUUGAGUGUGAGAACUCCUUUUCGACAACUUCUAUGAUCAUGGGUCAUUCAUCUCGAGGGGCCCUGGAUCCUGGAACACAAAUUCAUGCUUACUCACUGAGAAAAGGGAUGGAAAUGGAGGAGAAGCUGAUUAGUGCCACAAUCGACAUGCACGAAGAUCAAGCUAUGAAGCUGUAUAAAGAAAUGUUGGAGAGAGGAUUGAAACCUGAUGAGGUCACCUUUAUGGCGCUUCUAUCUGCUUGCCGUCAUAGUGGGUUAGUUGAAAUGGGGGAAAAGUAUUUCAAGUCCACGGUAGAAGAUUACAAAAUUGUGCCUGAAACGGAUCACUAUGCCUGUAUGAUUGAUCUGUAUGGAAGGGCAAAUCAACUAGAAAAGGCAAUGGAUAUCAUGAAGAAAAUUCCCAGAAAUUUGGAUCCUCUGGCAAAUGUAUUUGCAGCUGAGGAAAAUUGGGCGGAGAUGUGCAAGAUAAGAGAGAAAAUGAGAGGGAAGGAAACCAAGAAGCUUGCUGGCUGCAGUUGGGUGUAUCUUGAAAAUGGAAUUCUUGCAUUUACCUCUGGCGAUACACCACAUUCAAAAGCAGAGGUUAUCUAUUCAAUCUUGGAGUUCCUAUCUGCAGAUUUACGUGCACUACCCAAUUCAAGUGUUGGAAAGGUUAACUUGUUGAAAUCUACUCUCGUCAUGUUGCCGGUGAACACUGAUAUCAUAAAGCAAGUCAGGAAUCUAAAUGCUCAAUUUUCUGAAAAUGGAAGAACCAGGAAAGAAGAUCCACUUUGUGGAAGAAGACUGAUAGCCUGCAGCUGGGACUUUGCUGGACUGUCCACGGUUUGCCAAGCAAGCCACCUUAAUCUCCAAGGACUUCCUGCAUACAUGAUGGCAAAGAUAUUCAAGAAGUUACUGUCUAGGAGAAGCUUGUAG